ACUAACGUGAAACACGAGUUAUUUUAUUUGACUUGUUAUUCAGUAGUUUUUGUUAGAUCUGUGCCAAAUCGCAUAGAAAUUUGCACACAAUGUUUCGGCCCGAGAAACAUGGCCUUGAGCCAGACUUUCAGCUUACAAAGUUUACGACCCACACUGGAUGAAGUUGCAAAAUCCCCCAAAAAGUACUUGAGAAGUACCUAAGGGGAACAGAAAUAGUAAAUAGAAAAAAUGAUGGAUUCCUUAUCGGCUCUGGAAUGGAUUGUGCAGUUAUACCGCUGAACCGGCACAAAGAUUAUUUACUUGUUCAAACCGUCGACUUCUUUUAUCCUAUGGUGAACGAUCCGGAAUUAUUGGGACGUAUUGCGAUUGCUAAUGUCUUGAGCGACGUUUUUGCGGUUGGGGUGACGGAUUUUGAUUCAGUGGAAAUUAUCGUCAGUACAUCGACGAGCUUUACUAAAAAAGAACAAGACGUUGUCAUUUCACUUAUCAUAAAGGGUUUCCAAAACUCUUUACAAGUCAAUGGCUAUCAUAAAACUCCACUUGUUGUCAGACAACUUAAGAUCAAUCCUUGGUGCAUUGUUGGCGGCAUUGCGACGUCUGUCUGCCGAAGCGGGGAAAUAAUUUUACCUUCCAAUGCCCAGCCUGGCGAUGUUUUGGUCCUUACCAAACCUUUGGGAGGCCAGAUGGCGAUGGAUGCUCACCUCUGGCAACUUAACCACAAUGAAAAGUACACAACACUGCUGUCUGAAUUCAGUGACGAUGAUAUCAGGGAAACUUUUCAGAUAGCAGUCAAAUCAAUGACAUAUUUGAACAAGAAUGCCGCGCUUUUAAUGCACAAGUAUCAAGCUCAUUGCGCCACGGAUAUCACUGGGUUUGGAUUAUUGGGACACGCCCACAACCUCGCCCAAUUUCAAAAGCAGAAGGUCCUAUUCAAAAUCGAUCAGUUGCCAAUCAUCAAAAAUGUACAUAAAUUUAGCUUACUGAUUGGCCAAAGUACAAAGUUGAGUUCUGGUAGAUCGGUAGAAACCUCUGGUGGAUUGUUAAUUUGCCUUUCGCCCGAUGCCGCCGAUAAAUUUUGCCGAGAUUUUCAAGAAAUUACUAACGGAGAGCAAAAAUCAUUUAAAAUUGGACACGUUAUAGCCUCGAGCGAGUCUGAUGCAGUUCUGUGUGAUGAAGUAGAAUUCAUUGAAGUCAGCCUUUAAUUAAAUGGUACAAAUUGAUUAUUCAACUGAUGACGAAUAUUUCAGAAAGGCUUUUUGGCUUGGAAAUAUUUCGAAUUUUAUUAUGCACAAGUGUCUAAUAAAUUUGAUGAUUAAUUAACCGA